AUGAUGAUGGUGAUGACGAUGAUGUUCCCAUGAUGAUUUGCCACUGGCAAAUGUUUUGAUUAACUAACUGCGGGGCAGCCAAUUAAUUUUUGGCCAAGAGGCGCAGAUCGCGAGUACAAAACCGUUGAGAUUUCUCUUCGCUGCGCCGGGCACGGCCUGCUCAUUAAUUAAAGAACAUGGAAUCGGGCGACAAACGGAUCCACCACACGACAUGCUGAGAGCCAAAUUCGAAUCCGCUAAACAAAUGGCAGCACCAACAGCAACAGCAACAACAUUUGGGCCAACAACAGCAAUAGCAAUAGCAACAGCAAUACUAACAGCAACAGCAACAGCAACACCAAGAAGCAGCAGCAACACGAGAUAGAGGAAAAUUGUCAAGAGAUGGACAUUCGAAAAAUAGAAAAUCUCCAACUAAACCGAAAGAAUUGAAACAUUUUCGGAUUUUUUCAUUUCAGAUGCGAGCAGCAAACGGUUAACAAAGGUGCGCUCUCGUCCCGCCGCGAAAAUCUCGCAAAAAGGGAAAAUUCGUAACGGUCGAGGGGCUGAAAAUGGUGUGAAAUACAAAAACAAACAUCAAGAAUGUGAAGGAUUCUUUUGCAAACAGAAAACUCAGUGAUUUACUUGCUUCAGUUAAUUGUGUUAUGUCGUUGAGGGAGAUGAAAGGGAUUUGAAAAACACAAAAGAUAGACGCGAGUCAUAAAAAAAAAAACACUUCAUAAAAACAUAACUCGCGGGGAUAUAUAAUUUGAUGGUCGGCACGAGCAUUCCAUUGGCGUAAAUGAAGAAUUGGAUUCGAGAUCCUCAAGCAUAAGGGUUAGCCACAGAGCUCUAUUAUUAGACAUUCCUGGGCAACUGGAUUAUGCGUGAAUCACGGCCACAUAUAGACCGCUGAUCGUGCGAAUUCGCAUGAUUCUAUAAUGAAAUACAAAUACCACUCGGUUGGAAGCGUUGACAUCUAAUUUAUGUGCGCCACAUUUCAUGGAACAAAUGAAAGUUAAGGCUUAAGCAGCAGCAUUUUGUUUUUCCAUGCCCCGCGAACGGGGCGUAUGAGUGAUUAUGUGUAAAAUAUAUUACGCCUCAACCAAUCGAAAUGAAACGAAUGCGAGUUGUGAGGUGCGAGGUCUAUGGAAUGAAUUGCCACGGAUGACAAAAGGCAGGCACUUGGACAACAAAUCAAAAUAGACAGCCUGGCGAGAGCGUUUAGCACAGAUCUUUAUUUUUUGGAUGGCUAUUUAAAACGCCGCCACAACAACAACAACAACAACAGCAGCUAGAGGACGGAGCUGAAAGGCUGAAAAACUAAUUUCGGAAAAUCAAGUAAAAACUGAGCGAAAUACCAAAGAGUUACGGAAAAGAAGGCUGCCUGACUGUCACGACACUUUCUUGUGUGAACGAGCGCCAAAAAGGCCGCACCAUCCCCAUCCCCCAUUCCCAGGCAUCCAUUGUACCCCAUCAUCAGGCAAGGCAACCUCCACCAUCCAUCGUCUCUCAAUAGAGAAAUGCUUAGAUGCGAUUCUCAGUCCCAUGUGCACACAUAAUGGAAUGAAGAAAAUUCCGUCGUCCAACAAUUGCACGCUGGGCUAGCUGAUAUGUAAAGCACAAAAAAAAAACAAAAAAAAAAACAAAAAAAAACAACAGAAAACGAAAACAACUAAAACACAAGACUCGGACUUGUCACUUUGCUGCGCUUUUGCAUUGGCCAAUGCAAUUGCAAUGGGGGGGCCUCCAAUGCGGCGGUGGCGGUGCAGCAUAGACCCCAUAGAAAUCCCCAAAAUCCUCGGCCAGCUUCUUGGUCUAGCCUCUUAAAAAUAGCCCUCGGACAAAAGUGUGAUACAACGGCUGCGAACAAUGGAAAUUGCCAAAUUUAUAGUGCACCCAGAAACCCACAGAAACGACACUGCGAUCAGUUCGCCCAGGCCAGGCCAGCCAAGGAAAACUUAUUUUAUUUAAAUAAAUUUAAUUUAAUUGCCAGCAAAAGAACACAAAUAACACUGGCCGUGUGUGUGUGUGUGUGUGUGCGUAUGUGUGUGUGUGUGUGUAUGUUUAUUGUAAUUCCGAUUCGUCAACUGGGCACUCUGAUCAACGAUGUGAAACGCGAUGAGAAUGCCCGAGUGGCUCAGCUCAUCAUAUUGACUUGGUCAACGAGUAGCCCUCGAAUCCGGAUACCUUGGAGUAGCUGCCAGCUGUCAUUAUAUCAAAUUAUGCCGUUUCCCGGUCACCAAACUGCAAUCCCCACAAGAUUUCCCCAGCCUGGGCGUAUGAGUAAUAAGCCAACGAUGGCUACGACAUAAUACGUAUACGCCUCGUGGUGCAGACACUCUGCUUGGUCGGACCAAAAAGAGUGUGAGCGAAAAGCAAAAAGUGUGUGUAUGUGACGACAAAACGCUCAAUAAAUAAACAAACCGCUCAAUGCAAACAAACAAAUUAUGAGAAACGAAAACAAUGUAGCCAAGUGGGCUGCCCAAUUUGUUUACCUCGGCGACAUGACAUGAAUGAAAAUAAUAAUAAUUUCAUUUUGCAUAUUGCAUUUCCCUCCUCCCGUUGCAGCUGGUCCAUGUGAUCCAAACCCCGAUGAAUUAUGGAACAUGUAAAUAGCACUAAUGCCAGACAAACGCAGCAUCAUCAUUUUGAUCAGCAGCUGCCGCACAAUGACAACCAGCAGCAGUUCUGCCUUCGAUGGCACAAUCAUCAGACCAGCCUGCUGAGCACCCUGCCCAUUCUGCUGGACCAGUCCCAUCUGACGGACGUUACCAUCUCGGCGGAGGGUCGCCAGCUGAGGGCCCAUCGCGUGGUGCUGAGUGCCUGCAGCAGCUUCUUCAUGGACAUCUUCCGGGCACUGGAGGCCAGCAACCAUCCCGUGAUCAUCAUACCCGGCGCCAGCUUCGGGGCCAUCGUCUCACUGCUCACCUUCAUGUACUCCGGCGAGGUGAACGUCUACGAGGAGCAGAUACCCAUGCUGCUCAAUCUGGCCGAGACGCUGGGCAUCAAGGGACUGGCCGAUGUCCAAAACAACAACCUACCAAAGACAUCGAGGAGUGGAGGCGCCUCCUACAUGGAUCCCAGCAACGAGAAGUGCUCCGAUUUCGAGCGUCCCAGCACGCCCUCCCCAACGCCCACGCCCACCAUCACGCCCUCCCACACGCCCACUCCCAGCCUGUCCCUGCCCCUCCCCCUGCCCCUUCCGCAGCUGCCCAGUCCGGCGCUGAGCACCCCCCUGCUGGCCAACAAACUGGGAUCGGUGGGGCCGACUGGACUGGGCACCACGCCCCUGGAGAACCUCUUCAAGUCGCUGCAGUUCUACCCCAGCCUGCUGCCGCAGCCACUCAACUUCUCGCAGACGGCCCUCAACAAGACCUCCGAACUGCUGGCCAAGUACCAGCAGCAGUGCCAGCUCUACCAGAGCGGCAUACAGGAGGAGCACCUGGAGACGGACUGCUUCGGAUCGAAGCGCCUCAAGGGCGACAGUCCGCCCAAGGAGCUGCGCAGGCUGGAGAAGAGCCUGGCCAAGGGUCCGAAGACUUCGUCAACCGCAAAUAGCAACAGCAGCAAGUCGCCGCAGGAGUGCUCCAUGCCCAAUCCCAUUGUGGCCACUUCGCCCGUGACCCUGGCUCCGCCGGCCAUGGCCCACUUUUCGCCCCAGCUGCCGGUGGUCAAGUGCUCCUCCGCCAGCUAUCCGAGUCCCAUGGGUCAGGGUACGGGUCAGAUGUAUACAAGCAAGCCGGCGAUGUACAGUGCCGCUGCCACGCCUACCUCCGCCCAGCAGGCGGCACAGAUGCACCACCAUCACCAUCACACCUCGCCGGCGGUUGGCGUUGCGACGCCCUACAUCUCGGCCGAGGAUCACGCCAAGCUGCAGCUCCACAUCGAGCAGUACCAGCGGGAAGCGGCCGCAGCCGCUGCUGCAGCGGCCGCCGGCGGCAUGGCGCUGGUCAGCGCCAAGUCGGAGCCCAAUCUGCUCUCGCUGAGCGCCGACCGCGACAAGUCGCUGGCCACCGCUCCGCUCAAGCCGCCCUCCAACUCCAAGCUCUACGCCACGUGCUUCAUCUGCCACAAGCAGCUGAGCAACCAAUACAACCUGCGCGUCCACCUCGAAACCCAUCAGAAUGUGCGGUACGCGUGCAAUGUCUGCUCCCACGUCUCCCGCAGCAAGGAUGCUCUGCGCAAGCACGUCAGCUACCGACAUCCUGGGGCGCCAUCGCCCUGCGAGAACGAGGCUCGUCGGAAGCGGGUCUCCAAGCUGGCGGCGACCACCGGGCCGUCGGUAGCGACACCCACGCCCAUGGCGAUGACCACUCACACGGUGACCAGCGGGGAUGUGGGUCCUGCGCCGGCCACCACCAUCGGAUGUGCGGGACAGGAGGGUCGCAACCCGUACCUCUUCCUGCCCAAUCAGUUUCAGAUGGCGGCCGCCGCAGCCGCCGUGGCGGUGGCCGAAUCCUCGCCAGCUUCUGGCCAGCCGUCGCUGGACUUGGCCCACGAGGCACCGCCGGGCAUCAAGGGCGAGCGGGAGCCACCGGCGGCCAGCAAUGGAGAGGCCACAGGUGCGGAGACAUCGGCGGCAACCACCUGAGGAUAAUAUUUUCAAAUAUAUUUGCGAUUCGUUCAACUCACCACACAGACACGCACACAGACACAAGGUACACGCCCACCCACGCACACGCAUACUCAAUAGUGUUGGGUGGCUCGCAAGUUGGCAAAAGAUAGAGAUAUUUAACCCCUCAUUCUGAUUAAAACACCAUACAAAUUUGGGGGAAUCUUAAUCCUUAAAUAUUUAUUAAUUACCAAAAAAAGAUCAUUUUCCGUCCUUCACUUUAGAUUUUUUAGUUUACCAAAUUCCUUUUAAAUUAAGACAAAUUUGAGAUCGUUAUGAAAAAUGUCAUUCACUCAAAUCUUUUUAUACGCUUUUUUUCGAUAUAUGCAAAAAUUAUAGUUUUCAGCAGUUUUUAUAUUCCUUUAAAAUACUUCUUCUUGAGUUUAAUUUGAUAUCAAAUUAAAAAAAUCAUUCAACCCAAACACAAAAGGCUGUUUGAAAAAACUUAUACUUUCAGAAACUUUCAAUAUAAAGAGUGCUGCAACAUUUUUUGUGUAUAUAAUAUUGAAGAACUAUUAUUCCGGCGAGAAUUCUACCUAAUUUGAUAUGGAAUUGAUAUGAAAGAGCAGAAGCCCAAUCACCCUUGAAGAAAGUUAGUGCCCACACCCAACACUAUGUAUGCUAAUGCCAUCUUUUAGCCCCACCGAAACCAACGUCUUAAAACCCGGCUGUGAUAAUUAGCGCAAUUCGUUUUUCGUCUUCUGCACACAAACACAUGCGAGCGCCUUUCUAGCUAUCUUAAUUUAUGUACUUACUUUUAGCACAAUUUACGUUUAUUAUUUCACAAGCUGUAGCAACCUCCGAGGCUCUCAAACUGCAAACAGAUGCAAACAAUUAUUACCUUUCGCUUUCACACACUCACUCACAAGCACACGCCUACACAUUCUAGUAAAUUAAGCCAAGUUUUUAUAAAUAUUGUAAUUAUACACCUGAACACGCACACACACUUGCACACAAAAAGACAGGGUGAAGACCUACAAAACAAAAAACAAAAAAAACAACACACAAUUUUAAAGAGGAAUAAAUGUUUAAGAAGCCAAAGAAACUGUGCGUGUUUAGAUUAUACCCCAAUUGACACAAAUCCAAACGGAAAAGGAGGCUGGAGAGCUUUGCAAAAACUAGUAUAUUUCAUUUCAUAAUACAAUAAUUUAUGUACGCUGGCGUACUUU